UAAUUGUCUCUUAACGUCAUCUACUAUCUUAUCUCUUCUAGCUAUUUUAGUAUGGCUUACCAUUUUUCCAAAAACCAGUGUCACUAAAGUUACAGAACAAUCGCCUUUGACUACAUCACCUGCUUGAUCAUUGGCUACCAUCCAAGUCUGUUUGUAAACUUCAUCCGCUGUCACGGUAAAAACGUCACGGGUAAACUGAUUAUUGAAAACGACAACGGGUCUUAUCAUCUUCAAACCCCUCACAUUACUCAAGCUUUGCUUCCUUCCCCGAGACCGAGAGAGAGAGAGAGACGAUGGAGGGGAAAGGGAAAGAGAUAGUGGUUGGACAUUCCAUUAGUAAAUCAAGUGUAGAGUGUCACAAAUAUUACCUGGCACGUCGAACCACCAUGGAGAUGCUCCGAGACAGAGGAUACGAUGUCUCCGACGAAGAUAUUAACCUCUCCCUCCAGCAAUUUCGAGCGCUCUAUGGGGAACAUCCUGACGUAGAUCUACUUCGUAUCUCAGCCAAACAUCGCUUUGAUUCUUCGAAAAAGAUCUCGGUAGUGUUUUGUGGAACUGGUAUAGUUAAAGUCAAUGCGAUGCGCGUCAUUGCAGCAGAUGUGCUUAGCCGAGAAAAUAUAACCGGACUGAUACUGGUUUUGCAAAGUCAUAUAACGAACCAAGCUCUUAAAGCCGUUGAACUUUUCUCCUUUAAGGUCGAGUUAUUCGAGAUUACCGAUUUGUUGGUUAACGUAAGCAAACAUGUCUUGAGGCCAAAACAUCAGGUUCUGAACGAUAAAGAGAAGGAAUCACUUCUCAAGAAGUUCAGUAUUGAGGAGAAACAAGUAAGCAAGUUUUUUGGUAUUUGGAUCAUUACUAGUACUAGUAGCUCUGACUCUGAGCCAGCUUUUCUCUGAAUUAGAAUGUUUUUUUUGGUUAGCUUCCUCGGUUAUCGAGCAAAGACCCGAUUGUGCGAUACUAUGGACUAGAGACAGGGCAAGUCAUGAAGGUCACAUACAAAGACGAGCUCAGUGAGUCGCAUGUUACAUACCGAUGCGUUUCUUAAACUCGUUUUGUUUAUAUUUUCAGCUCUUUCUUUGUGUAGCAAUUUAUCUGUAACAUGUUUUGAUGUAAAAACCUGUAAUGUGUUUCUUGUGGUCUCUAAACCAAACAAUUUUGAUAGUUAAUUAAUGUGUGGUUAACAUAAAUACACAACUCUGUUUAAUAGUUUACAAAAACAUAGAAAGCUUGGUCAAAACAAAACAAUGGUCAACUAUGGACGAUGGUCGAAUCUGGCUGAUUCAUGUUUGACCCAUGAGUUGACUUUCUCAGCUUCAUGGCCAAGUCUUUGCUCCUCCCGUCUGGCCGCCUUAAGCUGAUGCUCUUGCUCCUUCACGGAAAAGGUGCUUGUGUCCGAUAGAUACUUGUCGUCGCCGGUUUGCCACCUCCGGUCGCUAGUGCUCCCCAUCGUACUACGUCUGGUGCUAUCUGGAUCGCGAGAACAGCACAAACUUGAUCCCAUGUGGUUCAAAACUAAAAUCUUUGAUGAAAAGAAUUAUUCAGAUACGAAAAUAGAUGAAAGUUUAAGAACAAAUGAGAUAGAGACAGAAGGGUUGGUUUAGUGUUGGACCAAAUUAUGUAUUUGCUGAAAUAAUUAGUGGUUUUGAAAUUUUUUGCUUCACAUUUUAUACAUAAAAAUAUUGGAG